GGGAAUAGUUGAUUAAUUUGAUUUGUCUUUUUUUAUGUUACACGUUAAUACGAUGUAAUGUUGGUGACAUUUUACCUCAUAUGUUCACUAGAGCUCAAGAUGUAGUAGUCCGUAAUCGCUUUGUCUGUCUGAGCCCGCUUUUUCCCGUUCACAAGCAUCUUGAGUUCCAGGGUUUCCUCUAGCCAUUCUUGGCUCCUAAUCUUUCGGGCUUCUUUGCGACUCUAUUCAUAGGUACACGAUGGCACCGCAACAGGAAAUCCCCGUUGCCGCCAACGUCCUUGGUACAAUAGGUACUAUUCUUUGGUGCAUACAAACAAUACCCCAAAUAUGGACCAAUUGGAGGACAAAAAAGACCGACGGUCUGCCCGGUUCCAUGAUGUAUCUAUGGGCUCUAUGUGGUGUACCAUUUGGUGUCUAUAACAUCGCACAGCGUUUCAACUAUCCGCUACAAGUACAGCCACAGGCCUUCAUGGCACUGUGUUUGGUCAAUUGGUGCCAAAUCCUCAUGUACAAUAAGAAAUGGGCUAUAUGGAAGGUAGUGCUUAUUGGCUUGGCGAACGCAGCAGCUUUUGCAGGUGUCGAGGCAGCCUUGAUCGUCACUUUACGGCCACUGUACGAUGCAGGUAAUGAUACUGGCGUCUUGGUGGUAGGUAUUAUUGCCAAUAUUCUGUUGGCACUUGGCUUAUUACCACCAUACGGUGAACUUUGGAAGCGAAGGGGAAGAGUCAUUGGGAUAAACUUCGUCUUCCUUUCCAUGGACUGGCUGGGUGCAUUCUUCUCGCUUAUGUCACUUGCUGCUCAAAAUAGCUUCGACAUCUUAGGCGGCGUAUUGUAUAUUGUAUGCAUAUGUCUUGAAUCAGGUAUAUUCAUUUCACAUAUAAUAUGGCUCCUCCGCACCCGAAAGCUGAGGAAAGAGGCAGCGUCGAGGGGUAAGACAUUCGACGAUAUCGCAGCGGAGCAUGAGGAGCAAGGCAUACCUUUCAAGUUUGCCGAGCGCAAAUCGUUGAAGAAAAGUAAAAAAGAAGAAAAUGAUAUAGAAGUGGGCACAAGAAGACGUGAUGAAGAAGAUCUCGGGGACCAGGAGCCUCAGCACUCAGCCAUAGAUGUUACUCCCGAGGAUGGUGGGAGGCAUAAUCAUAUUACCCCUACGUUAGAGACGGAAUCAUCGGAAAAGGCACAGAAUGUCACGCGUUCCGAUAAUAGAUAGAUCCUGGCUAAACAAAAACAUUGCAGUGUGAUAUCUCAUGGUCUAAACCUAACGCAAAGAUUCAUAUCUCAUCACCAUCUUCCUCCAUUACUAGCAAUUAACCAAAUCAGCAAAUCAGUGCAUCAUCUGUUCAAG